CUCGCCCACAACUUUGCCCAGGCCACCUCGUACCCGCCCAUCACCAAGCACUCGCUGAGCGAACUCGACAUUGGCGCCAUCAUCAACAACCCCAAGCUGCGCCAUGACGUUAACUUUGACCGCGAACUCCACUUCAGGCCCAACUUUGACGGUGCCAAGGGCAAGUUCAAGCUCAAGACGGCCGAGGAGUACUGGAAUGCCCUCGCGGCCGAGCUGGACCUCUACGGCUUCCUGCUCAACGGUGCCACGACUCUCACCUCCAAGCAAGGGGCCUCCUGGUCGCGCAUCGUCCAGAUUGCGCAGAGGAGGAUACCGUUGAUGUUCGACGCCAUCAGGGAAAUCAUAAAGAGUUUGGUCCCGGAGAGAGAUCAGAGCAGGGUCGACGAACAACUCGACACCCCGAUGCUGAUGCAGCAGAUCAGUAAAGGCGUGUGCGACCUGCCCAGCGUAGCCAAGUGGCUUUCUCAUCUUUUGAAGGCUCACUGCGCUCCCGUCCGAGAUGAGUGGGUGGACAAGAUGGUCCAGCAGAUCGACGACGGCGCGCAGACUGGCAACGGGCGAUCUUUGGUUGGCGGCUUGAGGGAGCUCCUGGGAAUCCUCGAAGCCAUGAAACUGGAUGUUGCAAACCACCAAAUUCGCCAUCUCCGCGCUCUUUUGAUCGAAGACACUGUCAACUUUGAACAAAAGUAUCACUUGGAUCGGAUCUCUCGUCGUCGCAUCUUGGUUGAACGGUCACAAUGCUGGUUUGCUCAGCACGCAAUCACGUCUCGGGGCAUAUUGGCAGACCAGAGGGCCAAGGACCGGGGCUUGAGGGUGGUCGUCCGGGGCUUGCUCUCGCUAAUCACUUCUUCAGACCGACAGGGCUCGUUCCCAGAGACCUUUUACCUGGAUUUCGACCGGCUGCGCGUCCUUCGCGCCGAAUUCCGCGACCAGGUCUAUCUCGGUGUCUGCGUCGACACGUACAAGUCUCUUCUUCGCAGUCUGGGAUACAACGGAACGAUUUCAGGCCUAAGUCAACAGGCUCUCCGUGGUGCUAUUGCCGCCAUAGUCUCCGUUAGUGAGGCAACCGGCAGCAAUAACAACCAACACUGGCUCGUCAACUUGGACAACAUCGCCGUCGAGCUCGUCCGGCAAGCUCUCGCCCAGUGUGGAUCCGAUUCCGACUACGAUGGAGACCUUGUCGACAUCACUGUCACGAGGCUGAAGCAGCUCAUUCGCGCAGAUUAUGGCAUGGUUUUCCACGAACACGCUGGCAAGCUGAGAGAGGCUCUGAUGGCCCGUGUGCUCAAGGCCACCGAAUCUCUGAUCAACUCGUCGCCCGUUGACAUUUUCAAUGUCCUAAUUACCCAAGGUGGGAGCCCCGUGUGCCGCACCGCACCGGGCGACGUCGAAAUGCCGGGUACGGAGUACAUUGAAGACAUUGCGCGUCGCACCACGCACAUAGCCGUCCUGCACUGGCGCAUCUGGGGCCCCAUCGCCUACGCCCAG